GAAUAAUUAUUUUUUGCAGGGUAUGAUACUAAUGCAAAUACUAUGACGAAAGGUGUUGGAAACUACAGUGGCAGUGAUGAACUUAGUCUAUCCACAAUGAACAGAUUCAAUAACCAAAUUAGCUUCUCAUCAUCAAGAAGCCCUUCUUCUUCAGCAACGGCAACUAAUAAUAAUAACCGUAAUGGUGGAUUAUUCUUCCCUAAUUAUGGUUCUUGGAAUGAGACAUCAUACAAGAGGGACGACCAAAAUAGGAUUCAUAAGUUAAUUUUUUAUGCUAAUCAGAAUGAAGAGUUUGGGAAUAAUAAAGUUGUUCAUACACUAUCGCAUCAACUAAGUUUUCCAAAAGCGGAAUCGGAGAUGUUUGCAAUGGAGAAUAUGAUUCACUUCCCAUUAUCAGAUUCUGUUCCAUGUAAAAUUAGAGCCAAAAGAGGAUGUGCUACUCAUCCCAGAAGCAUUGCCGAAAGGGUGAGAAGAACUCGGAUCAGUGAACGAAUGAAAUUAUUAGAAGAGCUUGUUCCGAACAUGGACAAGCAAGCCAGCACAGCAGACAUGUUGGACAUGGCUGUAGGAUACAUAAAAGAUCUUCAGAAACAAUUUAAGAAUCUAAGUGACAAACGGGCUAAAUGCAAGUGUAUAAGGAUGCAGAAAUCAGAUUCUUCAAAAAAAUUUUGACCUUCUUCCGGCGCUGAAAAGUGAUAACUAGUUAUCUAGAAAGUAAAGCUAAUAUAUCAGAUACAGUUGUAUGUUGUAUGUCUAUUAUUGCUUGGAUAUAUCACUGCCAUUGAAUCAAAUAUUUCAUUUUCUAAUUCUGUAUAGAAGAUUUUCUUAUAAUAUAUAUUGUAUUCAUUUUGAUGUUAUGUUAUUUAAUUUGGACUUGUUAUAACGAGGAUGAAACUAUAUAGAAGACUACUAGCUACUUACUACUA